AUGUUUUAUCUACGACGCUUUAUAAUCGUCAUCGUCCUCAUCGUCGCCAGCUACUUCGCCCUUACCGCCCUGCACAAGCACCUCGAUCCGAACAAACACAAGCCCGACGAGGCUCGCGAAGAUGCGCGCUGGAUCGCGACGUCGCAGCACUGGCUAGAUCGCCAGGCGUGUCGUUGGAUGGGUUUGUGCGGACUCUCCCACUACCAUCCCGAUCCUGCCGCGAGGUCGUGGAGUAAAAAGAGGGCUGGUCAGGAUAUACUGUUGGAGCAUGAGGAGGAUGUAUAUGGGGAGAGGAUUGAUUGGGAGGAGAUUAUUGGGGGUGGUGGGGGACCGAGUGAGUGGGAUGGUGACGAGAGAGUUUUGAAGGAUGUCCCGCAAUUCGUGCUGGAUCAUGCGCCGCUGGUACAUCUAUAUUCCAAAGAAGAGUUUUGGCCGUCAGAUAUUUCGGAGCAUAUCUCGCAUAUCACGCCCUAUCUCAACCAUACGAAAAUGAAUACGAGCAGGCCUCGGCACAAUGUCCAUGACUUGCACGAGUUGAAUUCUGGCAAUCAAGGGAAAGCCAUGUUCUUGCAUAGCAAAGACGACGUAGAACAACGCCCAGAUUGGCUGGGUAGUGCUCACAACAAACCAAUUCCCUAUCCAGAUGAAGCAGAAGUGGAAGAGGAAGAGGUAGAUACAUACACCGAGUUCACAGACAAAAAGUCCAAGGAAAUUGAAAAGGAAUUCUGGUUUGAUCCCGACGGCUUUGCACCUAAACAGUCACCACCCCUUUCCUCAUCAUUCCGUUCCCAAUCCACUGGCCGCCGCCGCCUCUCGAUGAAGAAGUCUUUGAAACAAAAGAGAAGAACUCCCGCCCUCCCCGGCCCAGGCGGCUACUCACCAGCACCUGCACACCUAGUCCUCGUAGACAAGGGAAAUGGAAUCCUCGACGCCUUCUGGUUCUAUUUCUACUCGUACAACCUGGGCACCACUGUUUUAAACGUCCGUUUCGGGAACCACGUCGGCGACUGGGAACACUCGCUCAUCCGCUUCGUGGACGGAGUGCCGAAGGCGGUGUUUUUCAGCGCGCACAGUGGGGGUCUGGCGUAUGCUUACAAUGGUGUGGAAAAGGGCAAGGGGAAAGGGAGAGAAAACCGACCGGUACUGUACAGUGCGAUGGGAAGCCACGCCAUGUACGCGACACCGGGGAAACAUCCGUACGUGCUCCCGUUCGGCUUGCUCGCCGACGUUACGGAUAAAGGGCCACUAUGGGAUCCCGCCUUGAACUACGUCGCAUACCAUUACAACACCUCCAUCACGCAUAACCAAGACGCCAAAUCCAUCCCCAACUCUCUCAGUAUCAGCCAGAUGAAAGAUGUUCUUCAGCCGGCAAGCUGCAAUCCCAAGGCCCCUAUGGGCUGGUGGUGGUACAAGGGACAUUGGGGGGACAAGUUUUACGAAUUAGGCGACUUCCGGCAGUGGCGGUUCGUGGGGCAGUAUCAUUAUGUGAACGGGCCGUAUGGACCGCGGUAUAAGAACCUGGGACGCAGUAAGCCGUGUCAAAGUGGCGAUCGCUGUACCAUUCUGGAGAGUAUUGAGCAGGGAAAGGGGAGGAGUUGGGUUGGGAGGAGAAGGAGAUGA